AUGCUUAUCAAGCCUUUGACCGGAGAGUACAAUCUCAAGCUGCGUCCUCACCAGAUUGAUGGUCCCACCUCUCCACGUGAAUUUGCUCACUGGAACAUGGCUAUGCGUAAAUGGCGUCGCGAACAAUCCGAAAAGGCUCCAAAAGAUGAUAUUACGGCUGGUCAUGAUGUACCAUCUCUGGAGUGGGUAACAGCCAGCUAUGUUCAGCCACAUGUAAUGGCUCACGAUCUGUUCUUGUACGAUUACAAGACCAACACAUACACCGUUGACCGCUUUUUGAAAGAUACCGAAGAGCGUUAUGGUCAAAUAGACUCUGUUGUUAUUUGGCCCUCAGUCCCCAACAUGGGAUGUGACAGUCGUAACACAGAAGACUUUUUCCGGUGCCUUCCCGGAGGUACAUUUGGAACCCGUGGUUUAGUCGAACAGUUCCACAAGAAAGGUAUCAAGGUUCUCUUACCUGUCCUUGCUUGGGAUAAUGGCACCAGAGACCCUCAAGCUGCCUGGAGUUAUAUCCUUCCAAGACUCUUUAAGGAGUACAAUGUGGAUGGCAUGUCCAGCGAUGUUUCGUUUAUCACGCAAGAUUACUGGCUCAAUUCGCUUGCAAUUGGCCACCCACUUGUGCUUCAAGCUACAGCACACUCUUCCGAGUCAAUGAGCCGAGGCCCGGAUGAAGAUGACACAGCCAUCCUGCGCUAUAACACUAUGGAUAUGGCCAAAUAUGACACUAAGCUCCGUGUGCCUACUAUUGCAUCCCGUAAAUAUUUUGAGCCCAAACAUAUGACACACUCUAUGGAUCGUUGGUCCCGUAACAAGACAGAAUUGAUUCAGCAUGCAUUCUUCAAUGGUAUUGGUAUUGAAACAUGGGAAAACAUCUUUGGUACCUGGAACCAGAUGAGCCCCCGUGAUGGUGAGGCACUUCGCCGCACUUCUGGUAUCCUUCGUGCUUUUGGCCCAACCUUCUUCAGCUCUCCUGAAUGGGAACCUCACUCGCCUUGCAUCAACUACAAGAAUGUGUUUAGCAGUCGCUGGCGCUCAUCUACCACACCCGAACAGGUCCUCUGGACAUUCGUCAACCGAGGUCCCUUCCAGGUGACCGGCCAUCAGAUUGUGGUAGCCUACCAGAUCGGCUAUCAGUUCUACGAUGUCUGGCACGGUCAAGAAAUCUAUCCUUCCAAUGUUGUCGAUGGCUUGGCUACCCUGAGCUUUGAUAUCGAACCCAAGGGUUACGGUUGCAUCUUUGUAUCGCCAGACAUGGUACAAUUACCCCAUGAGUUUGAAGUCUUCUUGAAAUUCAUGGCCGAACGCUCCAAGAUCCCUCUCCAGCGGUAUCCUAUUUCCAGCUCUAUCCUCUGGCAAGAACUCGACGAGGUUACUGUAUCACCAAUUUCCAGUGAAGCUCCACCCUUCAUGGUUCGCAUUGAUGGUGACCACUUUGAAUUCCGUAUCAAUGGUCGUGAACCUCAUCCUCCAGGAUCAGAAUAUCCUGGUGUUGACAUUAAGUAUCCUUGGGAAUUUGAACCGACCCGAGUUCAUCACCCUCACCAAAUAAAGAUGAGAUCGUUUUAUAUGGAUAUCUAUCCUGUAACAGAGAAACAGUUCAAGGAAUUCUUGGACGACUCAAAGUAUCAACCUGCUGACCCCACAAACUUCCUCAAGCACUGGGUUGAAGGAAAUUACCCCUGUGAUAACGGAAACAAGCCUGUUACUCACGUCUCGAUUGAAGAUGCCCGUGCUUAUGCCAAAUGGGCUGGAAAACGCUUGCCUCACGAAUGGGAGUGGCAGUACGUGGCUCAAGGUGGUGUUGAAUACCGCGCUUAUCCUUGGGGUGAGUGCUGGGAUGAAACCAAAGUACCAGAACCCUACACUGGCCGUGACCGUCUCUAUCCUAAUCAUCCUGCUGCCGAUGUGGACACCCAUAUCCAAGGCCGUUCAGUGUUUGGUGUCUAUGAUUUGGUUGGCAAUGUGUGGGAGUGGACAGACGUCUAUGUUGAUGAGCACACCCGCGCUGCUGUUAUCCGUGGUGGAUCUUACUACAAGCCCCAGUACAGCGAUAAAUACUUCCCUCAGGCCUAUAGAAAUGACGAGCAUGGCAAAUACUUGCUUAUGUCACCCUCUCUUGAUCGUUCGGCCGCUAUCGGAUUCCGAUGUGUCAAGGACACAGAAGAAAGUGCCGCUGUGUACGGAAACUGUCCUUGGUAUGGUCAGGAAGAUUAA